ACUAUGAUAGGAAGUUAAUAAAAUAUUUGUGUAGGUAAUUGAAAGGAAAUCAAUCUUAUUUUAGUAUCAACAUGUCACUGUUGUGGAUCAUCGCUGGUUUGUUGCUCAUUCAGAGUAUUUUUGCUUUUAAUAAUGCUACCAAGAAGUCCAUCGAAGAAAUAAUCAAAAAUGCCAAACCUGGACAUAUGGAACUAGACCCAAGAUAUGGUCACAUAUUCGAUACCAGUUUUUUUCAAAAUUACGACAGUUCUCGUAUAGCUGGAGGUGGAUGGGAAUCUGAACCACAUUCUAGACCUUAUCAGGUUGGUCUAUAUGUUCCCACACCGACUGGAACCAGCUUCUGUGGUGGUUCAUUAAUAGGCCCCUCGACAGUCCUUACUGCAGCACAUUGCGUUAUGAACCUCAAUGAUCAACCCAUAAUCAUAUACAUUGGUGCCCAUAACAUGCCACCAUUGUCUACAGAAAAUGCUAUACAAAGACAAAGCACUGAAGUCUUAAUGCAUCCUGACUGGAACGCUUUAACAAUCCAAAACGACAUAGCCCUUAUUUAUUUAUCGGAAAACGUUUCUGAAAGUGAUCGGGUCAAAUAUAUUCCUUUACCAACUAAUACUACAAACAUUUAUGUGGGAAGAGAAGCUUUAGUGAGUGGCUGGGGACUUCCAGGUGAUGGUCAUACAUCAGGUUCAUCGGUUUUAAGAGAAGUCACAUCUAAAAUUAUAAGCAGUGUGGCUUGUCGGUUAGCAUAUAUGGGUGCGGUGCAAAGAACACAUAUUUGUAUGUCAGGAGAAGAAAGAAGGAGCACCUGCAGAGGAGAUUCUGGUGGAGCUCUUGUUAUUGAUGGACAAGUGGUUGGAGUUGUUUCUUUUGGAACUGCUGCAGGUUGUGAAGUGGGGUGGCCGCCAGCUUUUGCAAGGGUUACAUCCUAUGUUGAUUGGAUUAGAGAAAAUAUGUAAUAAGUUUGUUAUAAAAUGUAUCCUAAUGAAAAACGAUUUUGAAGCUUGAUAGUUUUUUUAUUUAGUGCCAACUUUUUGAAUGAAUCAGUUUAAUUUGAAACAUCUUGAUCCUUACACCUAUACUGAAUUAUUUUAUUUAAUAUGGUCAGAAUCACUAGUUAAGUCUUGCCUGAAAACAUAUUCCUCUUUAUAUUCAUUAAUCGAUUCACCUAUGCAACUUUUUUUACAAGUAUAAAUUAACAAAACGCCCCAAUCAAUAAUAUUUUCUUUUAGAACCGAUAGCAUCUGCGGCAUAAUUUGAAAUUCAAAUUGCCUUUUGGUGCCACAAUGUUUACAUUUUGGUAUGUUUAAUGGUAAAGGUUCUUUUGCUAUUAGAAGUGGCUCACCGCCACGGCUGUACCUUAUUACUUGGUCCGGGUAGUCUUCAAUUCGUUUUUUGAAUUUCGCAAAAACUUUAUCCAUGUCCAGGGAGGCGUGGGCAUCUAAAUCCGACUCGGAAACUUCUUCUAGUGUUCCUGUUUUACC